AGUGACGCCCACAUGCGGAAGUUAGUCUGCCACUGAUGGCGUGAGAGCUGUGCUGUGUUUCUUUAGCGCAUCAUAACCUGAAUCGUUUUAAAUUUCACAGAAGUAAUAUGUUUUAAUGUUCAGAUAUCAUUAUGAGCGGUAUCUGCAGGGAGGUUGUGACACUUCACCUGGGACAUUAUUCUAACUUCAUCGGCACACACUGGUGGAAUCUGCAGGAUGCGGGUCUGUGUUAUGACCCGGAUUCACCCCCGGGUGAGCUACAGAGUGAUGUGUUGUUCAGAGAGGGUCGCACUCUGGGCGGUCAAGUCACAUACACCCCCCGACUCAUUGCCAUGGACCUGAAGGGAAGUCUUCAGACGCUGCGACAGGAGGGCAGUUUGUAUGAAACAGAGCAUGAAGAUGCAACAUUUACAUGGGAAGGACAGAUUAUGACCCAUAAAGAAAGCCCAACAAGCAAAAACUCUUUCCUACAAGAUCUCAACAGUCUUGAUAUGGGGAGUUUUCCAGCUCAGUCAGACUUUUCCGGUCCAGGUCACUGCUCAGUAACCAGAGGAAAAGCUGCUGUUGCCAUGGAGACCGUUAACAGCUGUCUGGACCGGAUACAGAAAUCCUAUAGGCUGGAGGGAAGUGUGAGGGUGUGGUCAGAUUUCCUGAGGAUUCACCUUCAUCCGCGUACCAUUUCUGUCAUUAACCAGUUUAAUCAUGAUGGUGAAUCGGAGCGCUUGGAGGCGUUCGGUCAGGGAGAGAUGCUCUUACAGCGCUCAGUGUUAGAAGAUCUGGAGGACCGACUGCAUUUUUUUACUGAAGAAUGUGAUUAUCUGCAGGGAUUUCAGGUGUUGUGUGAUCUUGCUGAUGGGUUUUCAGGCUUGGGUUCAAAGGUGACAGAGAUGUUGCAGGACUCUUAUGGAGGUCGUUGCAUCCUUACUUGGGGCAUGAGUCCUGUCAGUCAUUCAGACAAGAGCUCCAUAAAGGACGUGUUUCAUAUGAUAAACAGUGCAUUAGGUACUGUCAGUAUGGCCAAUCACAGCUCAUUCUUUUGCCCUUUGACCCUUCGUGGGGGCCUGGGGAGACGCCCACCUCCACCCGUGAACUUUCCACUACUUAACUAUGAUCCGACGCUGUGGUAUCACUCCAGCGCUGUUUUAGCUCUUGCAUUGGAUGCUAUGACUGUGUCGUAUCGACUGAGACAGAACAGCGCUCCCAUGUGGCAUCUUUCAGACGCUCUCACCGCCUCAGGGAGGAAGGUUGUUUCAGCUUAUGGGUCCGUUCCGUUUCCCAUGAUGCACGGCAGCUGUCUCCCGGAUGCCCUUGAUGCUUUUGCUAAUGGGUUGCCAUGGAAACCCCUGUCGGCUUGCCCAGAGCUCGGUGAUGGAUGCUGUUUUGGUCAAUCGGUGACGCUCAAAGGCCUUGAGGGACAGAGUUUAGUCAGUCCUCUGCUGCCUGGCAUAGAGCCGUCCAGUCCUCUGCACUAUGAGCGCUGUGGUGAAGAUGUGUUGGCAACAUACAUUCAGCAACAUUACCCAUCAACCCCACUGGCGGUACAGCUGGUGCCCAGCCCCAGUAAGCUUACAGCUCCUUUCCCUCAGAUGUUCAGUCCAGAUCUGAGUUCACAGGGUUUCCUCCAAAACCAGUCUGCACCUGCCGGCUCCGCUGCUCAUUCAGUGUCUAGUGUUCCUGUAUUAACGUCUCUGCAGUCCAGUCCGGCCGUGGGUCUUCAGCUGUCUGAGUUACAGAAAUCAUGUGCUGCACUGGAUAUACGCCGCAUGGCUCCAAGUUUCCUCUCUCACGGUCUUGAGUUCAGUGAGCUGACUGAAGCCAUGGAGCAGCUCGGCAAUCUCGCACACUGCUAUCGCCCGGACCGGCUUCAAUCUUCAUCAGAUGACGAUGAUGACUAAGAGAUUAUAAAGUAAUGCUGUACUGUCAUAAGAGGGAGGUUCAGUCAUGUCUCAAUAGAUCGUUUCUGGUGAAGGAGCUUAACAGGGAGUUCACCCAAAGUUGUGUCAUCAUUUUCUCAUCCUCAUGUUGAUCUAAACCUGUAUGAGUUUCUUUAUUCUGUUGAGCACAAAACAAGAUAUUUUGAUAAAUGGUGGUAAGCACACAGUUUACGGUACCCAUUCACUUCCAUAGUAUUUGAUUUUAUCCUACUAUGGACGUCACUGGGUACCAUCAACUGUAUCUUGUUUUUGUUCAACAGAAUAAAGAAACUCAUACAGGUUUAGAUCAACAUGAGGUUGAUGACAGAAUUUUGACUUUUGGAUGAACUAUCUCUAGCUUGUUCCCAUUUAUGGGCUGUGAAUCCACUGAAUGCUCAAGAGCUGAAAUGAUUCAAGAGAAAGAUUGAGGAGACAGAAGAGAUGGAGGUGAACGUGUGACCUCGAUUGUGCUUUCAAAUAUCUGCAGGUUAAUGGUGGAAAUGAGUUCUCACAUCACUCGUGAAUAAAGAAACAAAAGUCUGAGAGAUAUGUAGAUAAAGAAAGUGAAUGUUUUCAUGUGUGUCUGUAAGUUAACGGUUAAUGUUUAUUAUUAAAAUGUUGCAGAGCUUCAUGUUUCAUAAAACUAUUUUAUUUUCUUUGACUGUUUCUGUUGUGUGCUUGAAGAAAUACACAUUUAUAACACAACUGAGACUUUUU